GUGAAAUUUCAACGGAAACUCAUUUCAAGUUAAAAAUUUAACUAAGUUUGAUUCUUAAUUUAAAAAGAUGUGGUGUAAAUUUGACACCUCGUCGUUUGAAAAUGAAACUAUUGGAAAUUCAUUUGCCAUAAAUGGAAUUAUCAAAAUAUCAAAUGAAGAACAUAGUAAAAGAAAUCCUAAAAUCAAUGCUCAAUCUCAAAGCAAUAGAACGCUUAUUGCUGUUGAUAAGAGUUUAAUCCUUCUUGACAAUGAAAGCGAGAGUAAAUUUUUCAGUUUUGAAUCUGAAAUUGAUUGCUUUGCUGUUUCGAAAAGCGAUGACAUAAAAUGCAUCAAAAAGAUUUUCAACUUGGAAAAUUACAUUAUUGGAUUAAAUGAUGAUGGUCAACUCAUUGAAAUUUGUCCUUUCACAAAAACUAUUUAUAAAAUAAGAAAUAAAUGGAAUGAUGCACCAAUUGAGGACAUGCGAAUGCUAGAAGCUAAUGACGAAUACAUCGAGCUCUUAGUGCUGUCAGCAAUCACCAGUCAAAAUGAGCGGUUAAUGAAAAUCGUGGAAUUCCCAUCAAUGAAUAUUAAAAGUGAGUUAACAAUACCUGGAAUGUCAUGGCUCGUGACACAGCAGAAAUCAUCUGUAAACUUAUAUUUCAUCGCUGGAAUUGUCAAUGAAGAUAAUUACAUUCAAACAAUUGAGAUUCGCAACAUAACAGAAACUGAUCCUGAAGAUCGUUACAAUAAACUUUUGUUGCGAGGACAUUUCGAGCAAGCAGAAGAACAUGCAAAGGAGUUUGAAUUAAGUUUAGAGCCGUUACAUGAAGCUCGAGUUAGACGAUCAUUAAAUAUCCUCAAAGGAGUUAAAUCGUCAUCGGAAUUGUUCAGCAAAGAGUUUGACAAACUCAUGUCGCACUUGUCGUUGAUUGAAAACAAAGAAUUCUUGGUGAGCAUUCGCUUAAAUGAAAUCCCAAAUCGUUCAAGCAUGACAGUCUUCCUCACAUUCCUUCUCAAUAACAUCGACACAAAUGAAUUCCAAAGUCCAACGAACGAAAUCAAUGAAUUGUUGCUCCGACUUGAGACGCUUCGUCUGAUUGAUCCCGAUGAAUGCAACAUGCAAUGGGAGAAGUUUCUUUACAAUGCUGACAUGGGUCGAGUGGCAAUGGAUCAUUUCAAGUCCGAUGUCUCACUUUCUUGUAUCAUUUGGUCACGUCAUGCUUCUUCAAUUAUGCCACGACUCAACAUCAAGCAAUUUAAGCAAUGGCUAGAAAAUCUUCCAUCGACUGUCGAGCCUUUUGCUAUAAUUCAAUGGCUUAGAAACUUCGCUCCAUGCUUUCUUCAACUUUAUUCUCAUGAAAUGACGUAUUUAGUCGAUUGGUGUUUGAAACGAACGCACGAACUCCAAUUCUCAAAUUCAUGGCCAGAAGUCGGACUUGAAUUCAUCAACAACAUCAACGGAAUUUUUAAAGAUGUAAAAUUCUUGUUCAUUGACAUUCGGCGCGCUUAUCAUCAAAACAUGGAGAAGAUUCAAGCUUUUGUGUUUAAACUUGAGGAAAUGUUAGUUUUGAAGCAAUCUUAUCAUCUUACAAUGUCGUUGGAUGAAUACAGCAAAGGAUCGAUUGAAGAUACGGCAUUUCGAUUGUUGCAACGAAUUCAAAUGCAGAACUUUACACGACUGGUGAAUGAUUUCUUGUAUCCAAUCUUCGUUGAACAUGGCUCAACGCCGGAAGAUACAAUCGUGAAAUACAUUCAAUUCUUGUGUACAAAUAAAAGUCUUGGAUAUUGGCAAGAACGUGCAAUUUUGUCAAUUGAUUUGUUACAUAAUGAAGAGAAUCGCUUACAAUCAGCUCUCCUUGUCCUGAAGGUGUCGCCAGUACCUUGGAGUAAAGUUGUGUUGCCUUUGGCAGCUCUUGGAACAUCAAGUAGUCAUCCUUUAGCUAAAUCGAUUUACAUUGAAUACAAAACACAAGCAAUAAAGAUUAUUAAAGUGAAAUAUGGUUGGCCAAUCGAUUACUUUGAUUUGCAACAAGAUCGAGUGAAGCUCGUUUUCCGGAUAUUAAAAAUCAACAAUCCAGAAAUGAUUGAAGAUGUCGAAGUGCUCAUUAACUCUUCUCCUGGUGUUACACACGAAGCUUAUUUUCAUUUAAUACAUCGACUUGUUGAGUUAGGAAAAAUGGAUGAAUUCAACAAGUUGAUUAUGAAAAUUACAGAAAAUGUUGAUCGAUAUGACGAAUUAUUUGAAAGCAUUUCGAAUUCAUUCACUUCAAACAUUGAUGACGAUCAGGAAAGUUUUAGAAAAAAGAACGAGGAGGAAAUGGACCAUACAAUGGAAGCAAUUAAAGUUCUUUUCAAUCAAUUGAAGGGAAAGUUAGAAGACACAAAAAUUUCCUCCUUUGAAAUGAGAUUAAAAAAUUUGCGAAACAUAAUAAAAGUUCGUCGAUUAUUUAACAUAGAAUUGAAAUUAAAGCAUCUGAAAUCAAAAGUUGAACUUGAGAAGAAAUUCGAAGAGGGAAUUUCGAUUAUUGUUGAAGAAGUUCAUAAGAAGUCGUCGUUGAAUGGAAUUUGGUGUAAAAUUGAUUUACUUGGCGCAACGUUUAAUAAAAGUCGCUUUAUUGGAUGUCAGAAAGUUGCUUGGAGGUUGAAUAACAUUUACGUCACUUGUCACAUUGUUGACACGUUAAACUCUUCGAUGAAUGAAAUUGAGAGCAAAGAUAUCGAGAGUGUUAUGGAAUUCGCCAUUCUGAUGUUGUCACAACAAAUUGAAUACUUCGAGAAUAACAUUGGGACGUCGUUUCUGUACUACGAUCCUUUAGUCUUCCCCCUGGCGUAUGAAUUUCUCAAAAAAUGUUUGAUUCACAAUGAUCUGCUUUUCCAUAACAGCCUAAUUGAAGUUUUAUCAUGGCUGAGUACUGGUCGUAAUUAUUAUCCGAUUGAUGUCAUCGAAACAACGAAGAAACAGAGAAUCUUGGAUGAAAGAAUAUUUGAAAAUUCCUCGACAACAUCGUCGGCAAUGAAAUUGAAUGGAAAGGAUAAUCAUCGUCGUGAAUCUUUCUCAAUUUUUGAGACCAUUGAGGACAAAAUAAUUUCAACUCCAACACAGCAUACUACAAAUGAACAUUUGAAUCCUGUUCUUAGAAGUAUCAGCAAUUGUCUUCGACUAAUCUUAUUUGUCGUCAAGACUAAAAAAGAGCCUUUUAAUCGAUUCCACAAAUAUCUUCAAAAUUCACCCAACAAUGACAUUCAACAAAUCAAAGACAAUUUCUUUGGAUCGCUUGAGGCAUUGUUGAAGUCGGAACAGCAUCAGCCGGUAGUGAAAUUGAUUCAUCACGUGGUUGAGCGUCAGAAAGAAGAAAACGUUUCGAUCAUUCCUCCAAUGUUUGCUACCACCAUACGUAAGAAGAUUCUCAAAUACAUGUUAAGUCAGAAGAAUCCGGAAUAUUUGCGUGCAUUUAGAAUUCUGCAAGCAGAUGAAAACAGUGAGGAGUGCAUGAAUUAUCUGCGCAGUGUGCUUAAGAACAGCUCACAGAAAAUCGCCUUCUCGACCUUCUCUGAGAUGUACAACAAAUAUGUUGGAAAUGUUGGCGGCGGAGCUGACGAAAGACAAAAUCGACUCAAAUUUUAUUACUAUUCUGAACUCUGCAAAUACGACCCGAACUUGAGAUUCAAAACGAAUUUCGAUUCGUUUGACAUCAAUGAAUUGUUGCAAUAUCUGGAAAAUCAUGUUUUGAACAUUGAACUGGUGAAGAAGUUGACCAAAGAUUUCGGUUGGGAUUAUCAAAAGGUUUUGGUUCAACAAAUUAAAAUUAUUCUUCAAAAAGAGUCGCUUGAAUUUGAGCUCAAGGCAAAUGUUUUCGGUAAGGAGGAAGUUAUCGUUAAGACGUCAGUUGAGUCAAUUCGGAAGAAACUUGGGCCGUAUUUAAAUGAUGUAACUAAUCACCAACUGUUGCUGAUAGAACUGAACAGCUUCAUUCGGGAAAUUAAUUAUUACUUUUACGAAAUGUAUCUGGUCGUGUUUGAAAUGAUUGAACAUUGCGGACAAUUGACGAGAGAACAGCAAAUUCAGCGUCACAUUCUUUUCCUGUUGAAGCAUAAACUGACGGAAAAGCGUCGUGGGGUUGAUCAAAGAGAAAGUGAUUGGUGGCUGAAGCUUCAUUUUAAUAGCAGCGGACCUUUGCCAGCGAUCUCUAAAUAUCGCCUUCCAUUCAAACCAAUCAUGGAAGAAGCGCUCGAAAAUAUUCUCAACGAAGAUCUCAACGUAGAUUCAUUUGAGAAAUUAAUUCCAUUAAUUAAACUUCAUGCUUCACACGCUAAUGUCGAUCCAGAAGAACGUGUCAAUGCUUGUGCAUUUACUGCCGUUAAGAAUUCUGUGUUGAAUUCAAAAGUUCAAUUUGAAGUCAACAAUGGAGCUGAAUGGAAUUUAAAACCGAAGAACAACGCUUUUCUUCAAACAAUCUUGCGAAUGGUUUCAUUACUCAAAGACAAGCCAAAACAGCUCGCAAUUUUGUAUUUUUAUGUCAACCACGCUCCAAAUGGUUCUGAUAAAGUCGAAGCGGCCUACGAAUGUUGGAAGUUUGCAUGUUGUAAUGAAGAUCAAUUAAAAGGCUCAAAAUUUUAUGAUUUAGUGGAGAAAAUUAAAAGGAAAUAUCCUCAAUUAAAAACUCAACAUUUACUCAAUCUUUAUGGAUUAUCGUGUGAUGACAAAGUGAUGCAAUUAAUUGAAAAUCCCCGUGAAUUAAUUCAAGCACUUUACCAACAUGAAUCAAUUCUUGGGCCACAAAAGAAGGAGAUUAGCAAACUGUGCGAUGAAAUUUCGAGACUUCACGACAUUGAUUUGUUGUCACUACAGUGCUUACUGCUACACAAGUGGCUUGCAUUCUCUAACGCUAAUUCCAACAAUUUGAGCUUUGAAGAAGGCGCUCAUGAUGCGAAUGAGACUUUAUACGAAGAUUUCAUUAAUUCUCCUACUAAUGUAGAUGAAACUGAAUUCAUCAGCGAUGAAAAUGUGGUUCGUGCUUAUUACAUUCUAAGCAGUUGGAAUGGAGAAGAAGCGAUGGAUUUCCUAGCGAGUGAGCUUGGAUCUUCAAAAACGAGCUCUGAAAAUCAACUUCAACUCUAUGAAACAUUUGCGAAACUCAUCGAUGAUAAGAACGAGGCUUACAUGGAUCUUGUUAACACUGAUCAAUAUCUUCACAUCAAAUGUUGUCAUUUACUCAAACAACUUGGAUUCCAAAUGAAGCCAGAAGUGUUUAAAGACACUGACAAACUGAAGUUGUUGAAGAAAGUUUGGGUGAGUCACUUCAAUAAUAUCAAAGGACUUGAAGUGAUGUCAUUUAUUUGCCUUGGAUUUAACAUUCAUUUGGCUCAAAUUUGGAAUGGAAUCUUGAAACAAAUGGUUUCAUUGAAAAUGGUUCAACAACUUUCGAUACUCGUCGAGAUUCUUUCAACGAAAUCUCAACUUCUUCACUUGAGUAGUUUGAAGUCAGCUUGGGAAUGCGUCAUUAAAGAUCCACUGUUGCAUGCUACGAAAGUUCGUUCGUAUGAACAAAAUGUUAAGCUUUCAAAAGCUUUAAUUCUUCUUCAAAGAUGUCCCGUGUCAACGUUCUUGUGUCUUGAAGAAUUUAUUGAAUUGUUGUUGCGAUUGGAUCGACCUCACAUGGCAGCUAUUUUCAUAGCAUUUGCUGCUGAGAAAGAUCGCAGUGUUUUCGUGAAGAUGUUUGAGUCAUUUAGCAAGCACGAUUUGAGAAAGAAUAUUAUUGAACUUGAGGAAUUUGGAAUAGCUCCUGUCAUUACACAAUCAGUAUUGAACAUUCUCCAACUGAAUAAUUAAAUAAUCUGAAGAGUGCAGCUACAUAAUAUUGAAUUCUUGAAUAUGUAAUGAUUACUGCUGAAAUGUUAAAAAUUGAAGAUGAAUAAAAAUUCAGUUGAUUAAUUUUUGAA